ACUUGUAACACUGCUUUCAUUUUUUCCGUAUUCCCCCCUAUUUCAGUUUCCAUUCUUGCUUCUCUCACCUAGAAGACGCAGUAACUGCCAUCGGAGACUCUCCGGUAAACCUCUUCUGAAAAGGCCUUUACUUAACGAAAUUUCUCUCGAUUUCCUCAACGUUCAAAAUCUCUCCCAGAUUUUUCGUUCGAUUCCGGUGGACUCCUGUUCCCCUCAUCGCCGUUCCUCAACUCAACCGCAGAAAUCAAGGCCGGUCGUCGUAAAUGAGCACAAGGAACCGAUCUCGACUUUGAUUGAGCCCUGCUUUUCAAAUUUUCUGGAGAAAAGAAAGCUUUUAGUCUCUUUUUAAUCCGUUUUGUCGGGCGUGAUUGGUUUAAAUAAGUGGCUGAAGCUAUGAAUGUUAGGGGAAAUAAAUUUGUGAGCUUUGAAUCAGAUAAAUCUUUAACUGAGCGUUAUGCUGAUGCAAUUUUCCCGAGAAAAGUUAGAACCUCUCUGGCUUCUGUUAUGGAAAGUGUCCAGAGAGGGGUUGAGAUGGGUUCUCAAAGGGUCAAAAGCUUCAGAAAACCUAUGAACGUAACGUCUCCCCGUAACAAGUCAGAAAAAGAUUCAGGUUCUUCGAAGAAAAUUCUUGAUCCACAGGGAUCUUUCCUUGAAAUCUGGAAUAAAAUAUUUCUCUUAGCCUGUAUAAUUGCUUUGGCACUGGACCCUCUUUUCUUCUACACCCCAGUGGUUGUGAAUGACGGAACCCAAAAAUGCCUCAAUCUGAAUAAAAGACUGGCAAACAUUGCCUGUGUCCUUCGUACACUCAUCGAUGCCUUUUAUAUAAUUCACAUGAUCUUUCAAUUCCGAACUGGAUUCAUUGCCGCUCCUUCUGGAGUCUUUGGUAGGGGUGACUUGAUUGUUGAUCCUUGGGCUAUUGCAAAGAGGUACUUUUUCACAUACUGCAUCAUCGACGUCCUGUCAAUUCUUCCACUUCCACAGCUUGUAAUUUUGCUUGGCCCUUCAUUGAAAGACCAGCCGGUUGCAUUUCUAACGAAGGAGUCAUUGAGAUACAUUAUUUUCUGUCAAUAUGUACCGAGGAUUGUUCGAAUUGUUCCCCUUUAUAUAGAAGUUACACGAACUUCAGGCAUUAUCACUGAGACUGCUUGGGGUGGAGCUGCUCUGAAUCUAUUCCUCUACACGCUAGCCAGCCAUGUUCUUGGGGCCAUCUGGUACAUGAUUUCAGUAGAAAGACAAGAGCGGUGUUGGGGUGAUGUUGCUGGGAGUUAUAACCGUAGUCUUUUGUACUGUACAUGUAAUGAUUCGGCGGACCAUGGACUAGCCGAAUCAUUUCGUGAUUUGCAGAAAGUCCUGAAUACUUCCUGCCCUUUGAUCGAACCUGACGAUAUUAAAAAUUCAACAGACUUCAAUUUUGGAAUAUUCUUUGAAGCACUCCAGUCAGAGAUUGUGGGAACUAGGAGUUUCCGUAAAAAAUUCUUUUACUGCUUCUGGUGGGGUCUGCGUAAUCUCAGGUUUGUAUAUCACAAUCUCCUUAUUGAUUAUUGAA